GACAAUGUCUCUUGCUGAUCAGCUGUUCACUUCAGUAGACGUCACAGCGUGAUGGAUAAUCAUGAAAUAGGGCUAUAUACAGAAAACAGUCACUGUCUGUUUUAAGGUUAUAUAGUUGUGAUUUUAUACCAUCGACUUUAAAGUCGAUGUUUUAUACUGUUUUGCGAAAAAUAUACAGGAAAAUCUUUUUUUUAUAUAUAACUCAGUAUCACAGUUUUAUUAAUUAAACUAGCAUUAUGACAACAAGUCUGAAGAAGCGAAGAGAACAAAAAAAUAAAGAUGAAAAGAAACCUUCAGAGGGCGAGCAUAAAUCUGAGGAGAAACCAACUCUUAAAUAUGGCCCAAUGCCCACAUUCCAAGGACAGCACAUCUGGGCCAGAGGUGUCUUCAUAGUAGGAGCACUUGUGUAUGUUUGGUUUAACUACAACAAGCCUACCGAAACUGUAAUGGCCAAACACAAAGAGAUAUAUGAUAGGAAAGGAUACAUACUUGAAUGUGAUGAUGAGUACAAGAAAGAUGUGUACCAAUAUCCUGGAUGCAUUCCCAAGUUUUGUGGAAGGUUUGUUAGUGAUAAAAUUGUUACAGCUGUGGAGAGUGAUGCUUUGUAUAACCUUGCGAAAAAAGUAAUGGCAAUGGGUGGCUCAGCAGGAGGUGCAACUGUGAUGGACCUUAACUCAGGGGCAUUGUCUUAUAAUGACAAGUUCAUCAAUGCUUACAUGAGUGAUGAGAAAUUUUUGUCCCCUUCAGAUAAGGCAAUUUUCAAACUGGUCAAAUCUAAGAUACAGAAUGCUAUUGCUGAUUCUUUUCAACUGGAUUUAAGGAGCAUCCAUAUCACACGACCUCUUUUCUUCUCAAGGUUGACAGCUAAAGAUGCUAAGAUUCCUAAUGAUGAAUACUGGCACCCUCAUGUAGAUAAGGAUACCUAUGAAUCCUUUCACUAUACAUCCCUAAUCUACUUGAACGACUUUGGCGUGGAUUUCAACGGUGGCAGAUUUGUCUUCAUGGAUAAAAUAGAAAAGUCAUCGAAGAACAUUACAGUGGAACCCAGGAAAGGCAGAGUAUUGAUAUUCACAUCAGGUGCUGAGAACUGUCAUCAUGUAGAAAGAGUAACUAAUGGAGAGAGGUAUGCAAUGACUGUGCCUUUCACAUGUGACAGCUCCAAGGCAAUCAACAAUUCCCAGCUGCUCGGAUGAGAAAUUUCUAAGAUAGUAGGACUAAUUAGGAAGCUUGAGAAUUUUGUAUCUUCAGUCUGCUUUAGCUUACACACUUUUAGUACCUACUGAGAUGUCACAUCACAGUUUUUCUCACAAUAUUUUUGAAUUAUUUUGUGAUAUUAAUGUAAUGUAUUUAAUAAAAAAAAUGAUUUGUA